UCCACAUAGCGCCCCCCAUUCAAAAAGUUGACAAUUUUCUAGCGCGCUCAGUCGAAAAUCGUUGCUAAUCGAAGCCAAAAGGCUCUAGUAAAAUUAAGAAAUCAAAUAAAAUUUUAUUGCGAAAUUUUAUUAUUACGAACGAAAAAUAAUAAGCAUAAUAUACUACAUAGAUACAGAUACAAAUAGUUGUACCCCAGGUCGUGGUUAAAGCUCAAUUUGUCAAACAAAAAAAAAAAGGAUAUAUAUAAAGCUAUAGAAGAAAUCAAAAACACAAUGCCCCUACAAGUGACUGAAUCCCCCAAAUGCCCGCGUUGCAGCAAGAGUGUGUACGCCGCUGAGGAGCGUCUGGCUGGCGGCUAUUCAUUCCACAAGAAUUGCUUCAAGUGCUCCAUGUGCAACAAAUCCCUGGACUCGACCAACUGCACAGAGCACGAGCGUGAGCUGUACUGCAAGGUCUGCCAUGGACGGAAAUAUGGACCCAAGGGUUAUGGCUUUGGCACAGGAGCCGGCACACUCUCCAUGGACAAUGGUGCACAGUUCCAGAAUGGCGUUGAGACGGUGAGGAACGGUGCCCGCAUGGAGCCACGUGCCAUUGCCCGGGCACCGGAGGGUGAGGGAUGCCCCCGAUGCGGUGGCUAUGUGUAUGCCGCCGAACAGAUGCUGGCACGUGGUCGCGGCUGGCACAAGGAGUGCUUCAAGUGCGGCACCUGCAAGAAGAGUCUCGACUCCAUGCUGUGCUGUGAGGCUCCAGACAAGAACAUCUACUGCAAGGGCUGCUAUGCCAAGCAGUUUGGACCCAAGGGCUAUGGCUUUGGUCAGGGCGGCGGCACCUUGCAGUCGGAUUGUUAUGCCAAUGAUGAGGGUGCUCCGCAGAUGAGUGCUGCCAUUGAUGUGGGCAAGAUUCAGGCGCGUCCCGGCGAGGGUUGUCCCCGUUGCGGUGGCGCUGUCUUUGCUGCCGAGCAGAAGCUGUCCAAGGGUCGCGAGUGGCACAAGAAGUGCUUCAACUGCAAAGACUGCAAGAAGACGUUGGAUUCGAUCAAUGCCAGCGACGGUCCCGAUGGCGAUGUCUACUGCAAUACUUGCUAUGGCAAGAAGUGGGGACCACAUGGUUAUGGCUUUGCCUGCGGCUCGGGUUUCCUGCAGACCGAUGGCUUAACCGAGGAUCAGAUUAGCGCCAGUCGCCCCUUCAUCAAUCCCGAUACGACAUCGAUCAAGGCACCCGAGGGCGAGGGUUGUCCCCGUUGCGGUGGCGCCGUCUUUGCCGCCGAACAGCAGCUGUCCAAGGGCAAGAUGUGGCACAGGAAGUGCUACAGUUGCACCGACUGCCAUCGUCCCCUGGACUCGGUGCUGGCCUGCGACGGUCCCGAUGGCGAUAUCUACUGCAAGGCCUGCUAUGGCAAGCGUUACGGUCCCAAGGGCUUUGGCUAUGGACAUGCCCCCACGCUGGUCUCCACAAGCGGCGAAUCGACCAUCCAAUAUCCCGACGGUCGUCCCCUCAAUGGUCAACGCACCUCGGGCGGUUGUCCACGUUGCGGAUUCGCUGUGUUUGCCGCCGAACAGAUGAUCAGCAAGAGUCGCAUCUGGCACAAGCGUUGCUUCUACUGCUCCGAUUGCCGCAAGUCCCUCGACUCGACGAACCUCAACGAUGGACCCGAUGGCGACAUCUAUUGCCGAUCCUGCUACAGCCGCAAUUUCGGACCCAAGGGCUGCGGUUAUGGCUUGGGAGCGGGCGCUUUGACAACGUUCUAGAAAUGCAACGAAAAUCAAAUUUAUUUAAAUUAAAAAUUAAUCAACAAUCCAGAAAUGAAACACAAAAAUAGCAAUUGUUCCAAUACAUUUUGUUUAAUCACCCCUCUACCAACUCCAAAAGAAACUAAUCUAUCUUAUCCACAACACUUAGCUAACUUAGUCUUCGGUUUCGGUUUUUCCAACGAUUUUUUGAUGAACGAAAUGUCUUAGGUUAUGUGAGAUAAUAAGCUUUAUGAACAAACAACAAACAAAACACAAAAAAAACCACAAAAGUUUUAUUAAAAAAAAAUAAAAGAAAAUUUACAAAAAACCAAAAAAAAAUUAAUGAAGUUCAAAACUUACGAAACAAAUAAUACGAAAAUUAACCUAUCGAACGCUAAACUUUAACUAACGAAUCAAAGUACCGACAAUGGCAAAGGCAAAAAUACAUAUAAAAAAGAAAUGCACAGACAAAAAAAAAAAUGAGAAAGAAAUGCAGGCUAACAUUGGGUACAGUUGUGCAGCAGCUAAGCUAAUGAUGUGUUAUCGAUUGGCAACUGUACCUGUUGACUAUCAGAGACGGAAGUGAAGAGAGAGCGAGAGAGCUGCUGUUUGUUACUACAAAACACACGUAUAUUGUUUCUUCUUCUUUCGAUUUCGACUUCGAUACCAA